AUAUUUUGUACAUCAUUUAACGCAAUUUAUAGACGAUUUACGUAAAUAACAGAUCAGUAGUGACACAACUACCAAAUAGAUUGGACCACGGAGGAGUAAAGAUGAGUUUUGAUAAUAAAGUUGUGAUAAUAACGGGCUCCAGUUCCGGCAUAGGAGCUUCCACAGCCAUCGCAUUGGCGAAAGAAGGGGCCCACGUUGUGAUAGGACGCAAUGAAAAGAAGAUGAAAAAAGUAAACGAGAAGUGCGAAAGUUAUGGCAAGAAACCUCUGGUUGUCAAAGCUGAUGUGUCAAAGGACGAAGAGGCGAAGAAAGUAAUAGAUGAAACUAUAAAAACCUUUGGAAAGCUAGACGUUCUAAUAAACAAUGCAGGAGUCGCCGAUUGGAAUGACAUAACAAGUGACGAUUUUAUGAAGAAAUUCGACGCCAUAAUGAAUAUAAACUUACGGGCGGCCGUUUACUUGACGCAUCUUGCGAUACCACACCUUAUCAAGACGAAAGGUAAUAUUAUCAAUACGUCCAGUAUUGCUGGGAGUUCGACUUUGGGGAUGUCAUUGUUGUCUUCGUACUGCACAUCGAAGGCUGCGUUGAACCAUUUUUCUCGUGGAGUUGCGUUGAAGUUGGCGGAGUACGGCGUCCGCGUGAACGUCAUUAGCCCCGGACCGGUGCGCACGGACAUCGCCGAAUCUAUGGGAGCGGAUAUCAUGACCUGGGAUGCAGCAGCGCAGACUACUGCACUCAAGAGGGUCAGUGAACCCGAGGAGAUAGCAGACCUGAUGUUGUUCCUAGCCAGUGAUAAAGCCAUAGGUAUCACUGGAUCCGUGUUUAUUUCAGAUAACGGUUCCUUGGUGAAGUAAAUGAAACAGAAAUUAACUUAAAAUUAUUUAAUUGAAAUUGAAUAUAACUAACUGUAUGAUUUUAGUUAUCUGUCAUUCGAUUUCGAUAGGAAGAAUAUAUUAAGGAAUUAAAUAUAUUAGCCAAUGAUCGAAAUGUUUUU